GGUUAGAAAAUGUGAGGGGCACUUAAAAGAAGAGAGCAGAGUGACAAUGGAGAGAGUGGUGUAUAGGUGAGAGAGAGAGAGUUUAGAUUGGACAGAGAGGGACAGUGUGCAAGCAAAAAAGUUAGGGUGAGGGAGACAACGGGGAGAGAGACGGACGGAGAAGAUGAAAACGUUGUCCCUCCAGCGUCGUCCUCUGCUCUGACCGACUAAUCCUGAUGAGUCGUAGCGUGGUCACGGCCACAGAGAUGCUGUGGCUCUCGUGCGUCCUUGCUGCUCUGCUUUCUACUGCAAACUCAAACUCCCACAAAGGACUUUUUUGUGUGAACGACUUUGUCAACAACGUCAGCUGCACGUGGAACAGCAGCGCAGCAGCCGGCGGCCCUGGUGCGGACUGUUGGAUCCACGUAAGUGUGGAAAACUGGAUCAGGGAAAACGGCAAAAGACAACUCAAGAUUAUAAUGGUAAGCUGCAAACUGCAACAACAAGGAGUUUCUCUGUCAGGCUGCAGUGUUGUCUUUGAAAAUAGAACUUUCCACUACUUUGACCUCAGCAACAUCAGCUUGGAGUGUGAUGGAAAGUUUGUAGAAAAUAUUACGGAUUAUAAAGUUCAAGAGCACAUUAAAAUGAACCCUCCAGAAGCUCCCAACGUCAUCAGCACUACUAACGACACCUGGAUGUCCUGGAACCUGGGCGCUCCCAGGUCACUCCUCAUCAAAGAAUUUGAUUUCCAAACUCAGGCCAAAUGUGGAAAUCAGACAUGGAAGGCCGCCUACAACCUGUUCAGAAGUGAGCAGCAGGUCCGGACAUCGUCAGAGCAGCUCAGGGGCCGCUGCCAGGCCAGGGUGAGAGUGAAGGCGCGUAAGAGGCUCAACAGCCACUGGAGCGACUGGAGUCCGACAACAUCCUGGACUGGACCUAUGGACGCAUCACAGAAUGAAGAUGGACUCUCACCUGUGACACUGGCCGUGAAGUUAAGCUCCGUUCUGCUCGUGGUUCUCAUCAUUUGUACCAUAUGUGUGAGCAAAAGGCAUCUCAAACUUAAGCCAUUGCCAAACCCGUCCAAAUACUUCCUGCCUGUACAGUCUGACCACGGAGGAAACCUGAAGAAUUGGCUCAAUCCGCUGUUAGUGUCCGACUCCUUCACCGUACAGUCAUGUGACCACAUCUCCCCGGUGGAGCUGUGCAGCGGCUCGGAGGUGGAACCCCCGACCUCUCCCUCCACCGGUUCCACCAGCGUUCUGCUUCAAACCACGGACGUCCCCUCCACCGCCUCUGACAGGAGCGUGGUUGUUGGUGAGAACUCCUCCUCCUCUUCCUCCUCCUCCUCCACCUCCUCCUCCUCCUCCUGCUUCUCCAACAUGGGCUACUUCCUGUCCAGCUCCUCCGGCAGCGGCGCUCACCUGACCCCAACUGACCCCAGUGCUGCGUACUGCACCUAUCAGGAUGAAGUUCACAAACCUCCCCGGGGCCACACGCUUCACCUCACCCUCUGCCCUUCCUCCUCAUUUUCUUCCUCCACCUACGAGAGACUGAAGAGGGAGCCGCAGAGUCCCGACUCUGGAUUUGACUUCACUCAGGAGAGCGAGGGUGACUUGCAGGAAGAAAAUGAAGAUGUUUUAGGUGACGUCCUGAAACAUCGUCCUCUCUUCUUCGCCUCCUCCACCGGCUUCACCUCCACUGCUGUAGCCCCCGCCCAGCCCCCCACUCUACCUCAGGUGUGCUCCGAAGAGCUGCUUGAUGCUGAUGAUGAUGAUGAUGAUGGUGAUGAGGAUGGUGAUGAGGAUGGUGAACCAAUCCCAGCUGCUUCUGUCAACUACGCUGCCUGGCCCGUGGCUGACACCACCUGUAGACCGUCCUCGGUCCCGUUGGAGGUCUGUAAACCAGGUUAUCUCACCCUCAAAGAACUCCAGACCACCUUCAGAAACAAGUCCCUCUAGUCCCGGGUCGACAAGCCGACCUGAUUGAAAACGGAGGAAAGCGCAAAUCAAUUGCUAAUCGUAUCAGGUUAACUCGCUGCUAGCUUCUUUGCCAAUUGUUUGACAUCUUUGACUGAACAUGAAGUUUUACUCAUUUCAUAGUUGGUCCGUUAGAGCAAGGACGGUUUUGUUUGUUUGUUUGUUUUUUUUAACCAAAAUUAUCAUUUUCAGUGUCUGUCAAUUCGACUACUUUGCACUUGCACAUGCAUCUGAAUUGAAUACUCGUCUGGUGUACUUUGUCAUGGAAAUGAUCCAGUUUCUGGUAAGUGUGUAAUCGCUGGUGUAACAGCUUCUUCUGAGCCAACCAGGUCAGAGUGAACUGUUUCCAUCACAGCCAGUGACACGUGUGUGAAGACCAAGCAAAAUAAAAGCUCGGCACAAAAUGGGUCGCACUCC